ACAGUCAUUAAUCUCAUCUAUGACAGCACAGAUGUUUAAAUCUAAAUUAGGGACAUUUACAAGGAAAAGAGGCCUAGCAGAUUUUAUCUAAAGCAACUGCCAGUUAGACGCCGCUAUGUGAGCGCACUGUGCCAUCCUCCCUAACCUAUCAGUGUCGGAUGUAAGCAUGCCACCUAUGAAGUCAGCAGUCCCCAACCCCCACCCUGAACACAUGUUCAACAUCCUCUGGGCACAGGCUGAGCAGAGCACUGAGACACAGCUGAGAAUCAGAGAGGGAGAGAGAGAGAGCAAUGAAGUGGAAAUAUGAGUGAGCGUCAGAGAAAGACAGAAAUAGAGCGAUAAAGCAGUGUAUUAAACAGGCGGAGAGAGGAGGAGGAGAAAUAGUGACGGUCUUUCACUGAGGCAGGCGAGGGUUCGUGGAGACGAGGUUAUUUUCUCGUAGCAGAAAGCUCUCGUCGUGUGAGGAUGUGAGGACCCCAUGGAUUUGCUUCGAUCUGAGUCUCAGUGGAAUUCAUUGCAUCUGGUUCCAAAACAGCUGCAGACAGAGGAUGCUGGAUUCUAGGAUCCAUGUGGGCCUGUGAUGUCUUCACUCCCCCCUGUAGCUAUCUUCUUCCCCGUAAGGAUGGCUCCAGCAGUACUGACCCAGAUUGUGGAGUCUUGGCUGUUCGCUGUGGGCUGCUCCUUGGUUGGUCUGUGAAUGUGAUGCAGACGAGACAUGCUCUACACCACAGCAGAGACCGCUCAGCCUGCUGCCUCUGCUGACAUCUGUCUCCGUGGAUACACACAGCAACCGUCAGGCUACGCCACAGAGACUGAUCCAUAAUAAUAAUCCCCAGCUGGAGAAUAAACAACAUCUGGGCGUGGAGAGACGGGAGAGGGUGAAGUCUCAGCUGGGAGGGCAGCAGAUGGUGACACUGCAGCAGCACUUCUCCAGCAUGGAGGAGACAGUGCGAACACUACUACAGAACCAGGACUCACUGGAGGGCCCCAAGGUGGACCCACUGGACCUUAUGAAAGCAUACAAGGACAAACUCCUGGAGGAAAUGUGGAAGCAGCAGGAUAGUCUAGAGGGUCCUACAGCCACAGCAGUAGAAAUGCCAACCUCGCCUGAGGCCGGUGGUGGAUCGGAGGAAAUUUCAAAGGACAGCAAUCCCCUGCUAGAGCGACUCAGAGCCCUGGAGGCGGAGAAUUCUGCUCUGUCGAUUGAAAACGACAAUCAGAGGAAGCAGUAUGAGCGCUGUCUGGAUGAGGUGGCUAACCAGGUGGUCCAGGCCCUCCUCACACAAAAGGACUUGAAAGAGGAAUGUGUGAAGCUGCGGACCCGUGUGUUUGACUUGGAGCAGCAAAACCGCAUACUGAGUGUGCUCUUUCAACAACGUGUCAAAAUGUCCACGAUUCCUGUCUCCCAGUUGGUGUAG